AUGAUAAACUCGGCCCUUUCAGUGAGCGAAGCCGACCGAAAAGAUGCCAUCAAGCAGGGAAACGCCGUCUUCGCCUUCAACCUCAAGAACAAGGCCGGAGAGGUCGAGAGCUGGCACAUCGACCUGAAGGAGAAGGGUGCCGCCGGCACUGGUCUGGGCACAAAGCCCACUGUGACCCUAUCGCUUUCGGACGAGGAUUUCGGCAAGCUCGUGGCUAGCAAGGCGAACGCCCAGCGGUUGUUCAUGUCGGGGAAGUUAAAGAUCAAGGGCGACGUGAUGAAGGCGACCAAACUGGACCCGAUCCUGAAGAAUUCACAAACCAAGGCCAAGCUAUAA